AUGCGCUGCGGGGCAAAGCUGGCAUCCCUCCCGCCCCCCCUCAGCGAAGCCCAACUCCGGCCGGGCACGGCUCCUCCUCGCAGCCCGCAGCGCCCCGGCCCCAUCGCCGCCGCCUCCGCCUCCUCCUCCUCUGCCUCCUCCCCUCGCCCGGGGCACCGGCGGCGCUGCGGAGGGGACGCUCCCGGUGCGGGGGCGGGGAGGGAGGAGGAGGAGGAGGAGGAGGAAGAGGAAGGCGAAGGCUCCGACCCCGCUCGCCCGGCAGCGCGACGGCGGCCCCCGGAUGGUGCUGCUCCUCGUGUUUUGGGGAGGACGCGGACGUUCGGCUUCAAUCCUGGUGCCGUGGGACGUUGCCUGGCGGUGCGGUGCCAGGCUGCCGAGCCCAGUGCCGAGUGGCUCAAACAUCACCUCUUCCCCCUGGAUUUGUUGGAAACCAGCCCUCGAAGAGCCAUGACUGGUGAAAAACCCCUUUUUGCAACCCUUUCGCCGACUCCCGUGCCACUCUGCAUGGGGAAGCCCAACCUCACUGGGGCCAGUCUCCCCAAACUGACCCUAAAAUUGGGUUCUUUGCAUCAAAAGGGAGGGUUUUCCCUGCGUGCACCAGCCUUUCUGCUGCCAAAUGGCUUCAAAUUCACCCGCGGUGCCGCGGUGCCGCUGCCUUCCCCGACGCGAGGGCUCUGUCCGGGUUUUUGCAGACACGUGUGGAUGGAGGCGUCCGGAACUCUUGCAAACAGUGAAAUUUCACUCAUUUAAAAAAAAAAACCCAAAACACAAAACACAACGAAACCCCAAAUGCAUCCAGGAAACAUUUCCUCACUUGAUUUAUUCUUUUUUUUUUUUGUCCCUCCCGCAAAAAGAAAUAAAUCAAGUGCAGCCACUCUUCUAGGGCUGGUUUGUCAUCUCAGUGUUGGGGAAUUUGGGGAAAUUUCUGGAGCGGGAGGAACGGGGAGAAACGCGGCCCCGUCUCUUUCUUUGGUGCGAGUGCAUCUGGAUCUGCUUUUUUUUUUCCCCCUCCUUGCAGACGGACCUGGCAGAGGGAAGCUCCUGCCAUCAUCCCCGUGCUGCUCGGUGGAGCUGCCAAACCGCCGCAGACACCCCUCGGCCCCUGGCAACGGGGGGGGAAAGCUCGGCUUUGGUAGCGGGAGCGUUUCGGUGCCAUGGCCCCGAUGGCUUCCUCAGCACGGCAGCGUGGCUCUGCACCAGCGCGCUGCAGGCGGGUGCUGCCGUCGUGGUGUACCCAGCGGCACCCCGAUGCCGGGGGGGCCCCCCGAAAUGCCCACGUGCCAACGGGAACAGCACCCAAGGAUGGGUGGGGGGGGGAAGGACAAAAUUCACCUCAAAUAUGGCUUCGGUGGGGAGGAGGGCGGAGGAGCAGGGAAACCUCACACCGGUUUUGGGGAGAAGAAAGUGAAAGUGGCUGGUGGUGGGUGCAGCGAGAUCAUCAGGGCUCGACGCCUGGCACAAAAGUCCCCUGGGGGUUUAGUCCCCGGGGAGCUUCUGGGGCCUGGGGAGGACAAAAGCGGCCAGCGGUCACAUUUUGGAGCGGGGAGGGAUCAUGGGGGGAAAUUUAUUCAUUUGCCAAAGCAAACAGAAGUGCCGGGAGGUAACGAGCUACCUGCUCCCGCCGCCGGCCCCAGCACCUCUGCCUGCUGCAGCGGGGAGGCCGUGCCUGACCCCGACCCCCCCCGUUCUCUCGGUGCACGGAAUAUCAGAGACCAGGGCUCCAGAGCAAUACCAGGGGCUAAAUGCCCCGGCAGCAGCGACUGAAAAUCACUGUCGCCCGGUUGCUCCGGUUUGAUAGCAGGGUUGGAUUUGGGGGUUCGCUCGCUGGGCGCAGCCCUUGCCGCCUGCCGUGCUACAGCGGGAGCCCAGCGCCGACCCCGGCCCCUCAGGCAGCCCUUUGGACAAGGCGUUUGCCGUGGUAGGAAAUGGUUUCUCUGAGGGUUUUGUUUGCCAGAGAAGAAAACCGGGCUGGAAUUUGCAAGAAGAAAGUUUGAAGGGAACGGCAAAGAAUUAUAUUAGUUUUCCAGAACGAGCUUCCAGUUGUGCCAGUGCAGAGAGACGCAUCCCGAAGCAAUGCAAACCAGAGGCAUAUGCAAAAGUAAUAUUGGGCGAAGGGUCCCUUCUCCGGGAAAAGUUUAGCAACUCACAUAAUCAAUUGCCAGCCUACGUCUAUAGCUAAACCAAUUACUGCAGACAAAUUGGCGUGAAUAUUCGCCUUGCAAAGCUCUCCAGCCGCACAAAGGGCUCGCUUUCCCCCUUCCCCUGCCACGAUUUUAUGAGAGAGGAAAAUUACUCGGAUGCUGAGCGUACUGUAAGUAAUAAGGGCUUUGAAAAUAGGCUCCUAAUUAAAAAUGAUACCACUGCUCAUUUGUUUUUAAGCACACAUUAAACUUUUUUUUUUUUUUCUUCCCUGCUGCAUUCAAAUGUUGGGGUUGCUGGCUUGGCGUUUGGGUUUUUUUUUUUUUUUUUUUUUGUGAAAACUGGCUUUCCGUACCGUGAUUCUGGUUCGAUUUGACUCCCCCUGCCCCCCUCUGGGGUCUGCUUCAAAUUAGCAAAAGACAAAUCCAAGAAGCUGGAAAGGGAUAUUAUAGAAUUUUCCAUGUCCUUAUUAUUUUUUUUAUUGGUGGGACCAGGCAGCUCGGCUGAGCGGGGAGGAAAAAAUGGCUUUUGUGGUUGCGGCAGUUGUGUGAGCCGCUGGCGCUGGGGCCGUGCUCACCAGGCCCGGGGCUCCAUGGGGGGCACGUUGCCCAAAGUGUUCAGCACGGGGGUGUCCAGCUGUGCCAGCAGAUGGGAGAGCCCUGGCCUGGCUGGCUGUGGCGUUUUGCCGGUGUCGUCCCCUCUGCAUCAUCCUGGGGUGGUGGCAGGGGAUACCCCGCGCCAACGUAGCACUCACCACGCGGUACCCUGGCUCACGGGACGGCCGGCAUCCCAGGUGCCAACCGGGUGGACGCGUGGAGCAGGUGCCGAGGGAUGCUGUGCUACCUGCCGGAGGCUCUCGCGGCGGGGAGAGGAUGCGGCGGCGCCUGGGGGGGGACACCCGGGUGCUGCCUGUCUGGGCAGGCUGCCGUGACGGUGCCCUGAGGAGCGGGCAUCUCCCCGGAGCAAGCGUCAUUGUGCUGCCAUUGCACCGCGUUUCGGCAGCAUCCCAGCAGGCAGCGGGUGCCGUUCGGCCACGUCUUGGCGGAGCAGCGCCGGGAGGCAGCACCCCUCUGGGGCGGGCAGGCAGGCAGGGGCUUUGGAUGGCCCUGGGGAGGGGGCACGGGGGGCACAGCAUGUUUCACGGUCCUGGUCUAGAC